UUCGGUAAGGCGUGACCCACAAAUGGAUUGGUGAAUCGAAGACGUGAAAACCUGUGACACAGUGUUGUGAAAAAGACAUAGGUGAAAAUGAAUCCCCUUGCCCUUUUGGUCGCUUUUUUGUUGAUGGGGAGUGUUAGGGCGAUUGUUGAACUGGACUGUAGUGAUAAUGCUACGUGUAUCGAUCAUAUGGCGAAGGAGAUCCUAAGGAGCCUGAAGGAGCAGAAGUCUGUGAAGGUGUUCAAUGCGCUGACAAUAGAGCCAUUGAGGACGAGACAGGCGAGGUCGAAAGACUGGUGGUUGACGAACUUCCUGGACAGUCACUCGUUUAGCUUCGACUUAAGUGACUACACGUUCAAACUCUCGCCGGCGGACGGAAACGACGCCUUGGAUUUGGAAAUAUAUCAAGGAAGAACUGCUAAAGAUGUUUCGGAUCCAAAUGCGAAAAAAUCAAGCAGCAAAAGCGAUGAAGAAAAAGAAGAAGACAAGAAGAUACCAAAGUUGGGUCUACGCAGAAGACAAAAGAAGAAAGUCAUGCAAGUUUUCAUACCUCUACUUUUCGGCAUGAAAUCCGCGGGCGUGGUACUAUUCGCCCUAGCAUUGGUCACGGCACUGACGCUGAAAGCCUUCAUUGCAAGCAAAGUGGCACUUUUAGUGACAGUCGGCAUGGCAAUAAAGAAACUGUAUGAGACUUACGGCACUGGCGUCGGUUUACAAAACCACCCGUAUCUUUACUCGCAAUAUCCGAUCGAUUUUCCGAGCGCCUCCUCGCACGCAUACUCCGUUAGCGGAGCGAGCCCACAAUUCGCGUCACCGGAGAUGUAUAGCCCUACCGCGAUGGGUGCACACGCCCAGACGAACGAAAUAAUACACCAAAGCGACGCGACCGCUCAGCAGUCGCAACAGGCGCCCACAUUACUCGUAAACUCAACGAGAGCGGCUGAAAGAUGGGAUGGCUACCGGAGACGUCCAAUGUUUUAUGGACAGUCGCGCGCUACUUCAGAAUCCUUUUCGGCCUACCGGCAGCGCCAUUGAAUCCAGCCCAGACCAUGGCUAUGCCUAUGUACGUAAUGCCACAGAUGUACGGUCCCCCCAUCACAAUGCCGCCGUCCGCGUCCCAGUAAACAAAAUUGGACACACAUGGAUCAAGUGGCGAUAAAUAAUGCCAAGCUAAAUGCCAGUCUGCCACGUGGCUUGAUCCAAUUUCUGUGAUAAACGUGGCAGUCUGGCAUUUAGCUAAAUAACAACAGCAAUGUUUUAAUCUCCUGGACCACGAAAUUCUCUUGUUGCUUCCAUUUGGUUCUUGUUAUGUCCAGAUUUUAAAACAUUGCAUCCCCACCCUUAAGACUGAAAACUAUUUUUGAA